AUUCAACUUCAUUCACUUUUUCGGGGGUUUUGGCGGAAGUUUUGUAGGUAGCUACGAAUACGUCCAGAUUAUGGCUCAGACGAGUAUUCAAAACGUAACCGUUUCUUUAACUUUGCCAAUAUCUUGCCAAAUAUGUCUCGGAAAGGUACGGCACCCGGUGAUUUGUGGUAAUUAUCACGUGUUCUGCUCCACGUGCAUUGAGGUGUGGCUGAAGAAGGCGAAUCAGUGUCCCACGUGCAGGACUCCCAUCACCCCAGAGAACCCCUGCAGAGAGAUCAUAGGUGCAACAACUGAACAUGAAAGUAAUGACACCUAUUCUAUGAAAAAGAAAUUGAGGAAAACCAGAUCUGUGCUGCUUCUGAGGGAAUAUGAGGAUGAAAUUGAUAGUCUUCAGAAAGAAAAUGAAGAACUAAGAAGCAGAAACUUAACGUUAGAAGAACAACUAAAAACUGCCCUUGGUUCAUCAAGCUUCCAAGUGUCUGAUAAAAGUGAAGAUGUGAAGCAAAGCUUUGAGGGCGGGAGAAUUGACCCCCAUUUUCUUGAGGAGUGGACAAGAAAUUUGGCAGCUGCAACAGAGUUACAGGAAAAACUGCAGGUGGAAAUAGAGAAAUUAAAAGAGGCAAACAAAACUCUACGAACUCAAAAUGUGGAUCUUGUGCGAGAAAACUCAUACCUGAAAGCAGAGGUGGCGAGUAGGUCUCCCCAAAAAUUUGGCAGGUACACCGUUGCUGCUCUGGAGGCAAAGAUCAGCCAAUACGAGCGUGAUCUAAAGCACUUGCAGAAAGCUCUGGAGCGCACUGAUAAAUAUAUUGAGGAGCUUGAAGCCCAGGUCUCUGAAAGCCAGAUGACCUCUGACAAGACUGCGGCCGUUAAAAACUCUGGUUAUGUGCUUCAAGAGAUGAUGAAUGAACAUCAGGCAGAAGAGGGAGUAGCUGGCCAAGGUCACUGCACAAUGACAGGAUACACAAAGACUGUGACAAUGAAAGACAGCCUGGGUGAUGUGGAAAGUUCUUCGGUCUCCAUCAAAGGUACCAGUGCUGAUUCCUCAGGUCCUUGUGAUUUUUUUUUAACUUCCAAAACACUCAUGACUGGUAUUUUUUGUGACAAGAAUGGCCUGGAGCAGAAUUUCACUCCAGAAAAAACUGAGCAUGUGUCCUCUAUGGAGCAUUCUAUUCCUUCAACCCCAUCAUCACCUUUCAGUUGCCUAACUUUGAAGAGUCCAAGCAUCUGUAAUGACCAACAGGCCAGAAGGAAGCCCUUGUCCUACCUAAGAAAGCUCAGUUUUGAUGAUUGUAGCAGUGGUUUGUCUGCAGCAGCACUUAAAAAUUCAGUCACUCCCAGUUGUGCUAGUGGAAUAUCUACUGACCACAAAUCAGCUCUGAAAUCCUCCAGUCCUGUGUGCUGGGAAGCAUGCACUCAAAAGUCUCCACGUUCAAGCUGCUUCUCUGAACCAGAUAAGCACCCAAAGGACCGCAAAAAAGAUCAGCGCCAAAGAACUUCAAUCGAUGCUUCCAUGGAUGCUACAUACUUGGACAAAGUUUAUGAACUGGAUUCAGUGAUAUCUGAGGGUGAGAGCAGCAAAAGUCUUCAUUAUCCUUUUAGCUUGAUACAGCACCCUGACUUUGAUAUUUCUUUUGUACCACAGCUGGAUACCACCAUGAAGUUUAUGACACACUCAGGUUCUUCACUUCUAGAAACAGAGAAAGUUCAUGUUGUCUCUAGCUCAGAACUGUGCAUGAAAGGGACACAUAAUCCACAGAAUGUGUCCAUAGCUGAGAACACUCGGCUAACCCAAAAUGCAUUAGAGGUCUCUUCAGUUAGACGUGAAGACACCAUAGUAACUGGAUCUCAGAUAGGACAUGUGUGGUUAAUGGACAGAAAGUCAGACUUACCAUUUUGCCCCCAUGGUUUGCAUGGAAUGGAAGCAGAAUCUACACUUUUGUCCAGUCCAUCUGAUUUCCAUUUUUCCCAGGAUAAAAUCUUAAACCAGAACUGUGCAGAAUCUGAAAAUGCAGCAGGAAAUCAAACAAAAGCAAAGUCAACAAAAAGGCAAACUCUGGCUUGUACUGACAAUUCAGCCAGUCCGUCUAAAAUUUCAAAGGUUCCAUGAUGUUUGUACCUUUCUUUUAGGCCGAAGCUAAAUAAAUAAGCCUUCAUUGUAGCUGUAAAAAGUAACAAAACAUUCAGUUGUCAAGAGCUGAAAAGUAUUUCAACAGGCUGUACUGAACAAAUGCAGCUUCCAUCCAUCCAUCCAGUUUCAAUAGCUGCUCGGCCUGAGCAGGGCCAUGGUGAACCGGAGCCUAUCCUUCAAGCGUUGUGCAAAAGGCAGAGGGUGGUACAUCCUGGACAGGAUGCCAGUGGAUUGCAGGGUAGCUGCACAUGCGCACACUGUGGGCAGUUUAGCAUCGCCAAUCCACCUGAACUUCAUGUCUUCGGAUGUUAGAAGAAGCCAAAACAGCUGGAGGAAACCUACACACACCUGGGAGAGCAUGCAAAUUCCACACAGACUGAGCAGGGAUUGAACCCGAGUUUUCUCACACCACUGAAGCGGUGUGAAGCAGUAGCACUACUUGAUGCACCAUCGUGCUGCCUAAUGCAUCUUCUGCUAAUUAUUUUUAUAACAAUACAGGAUUUAUGGAAAAUUUUUAGUUUCUAUACAAGUAGAGGGAGUAAAAGUUUUCUUGUUUCU